AUGUGGGACUCUGAAGCUGAUACGAAGGUGCCUACUGCGACUGUGGCAUCACCGAAAUCUCCAGCUCUUCCAUCAAAUCCCGUGUACGCUGUGUUUACCUCCGGCUCAACUGGUACCCCCAAAGGCACCGUCAUUGAGCAUCGAAGCUUUGCCACCAAUGCCCUCAAUGGUCCUAAUUCCCAGUUUCUUGAUCGCAAAUCUCGCGUGUUUCAGUUUGCGUCUUAUGCAUUUGACGCAAGUUUCGCGCAGAUCUUGUUCCCCUUCGUCAGUGGUGGAUGUGUCUGUGUGCCCCACGAAACAGAUCGAGCCACUGAUGUUGUUGGGUGUGCUAAUUCAUUUGGCAUUACUCAUCUCUACCAGACACCCUCAAUGGUCCGCACUUUACAUCCAUCGCAAUUUACCACCCUCAAGACUCUGAUUCUCUGCGGUGAGGCGAUGAAACAGGAUGAUAUGUUGACAUGGGCUCAUCGGGUCCAAUUGAUCAAUGCCUAUGGGCCAUCCGAAUGUACUAUUGCUAGCGUGCAACGACUAAAAGUCACCGCUGGGUCAGAACCUAGUAAUAUUGGGACAAGCUGCUCUGCGUGCAGCUGGGUUGUUGACCCGGAAAACCACGAAAACUUAUUGCCGAUUGAUGCAGUUGGAGAACUGGUAGUUGAAAGACCGAUUGUUGGUCGGGGGUAUAUCGACGAGGAAGAAAAAACAACUGCAGUCUUUGUGAAUUCACCAGCAUGGUUGUGUCAAAUCCGAGGGCAACGCCGCGUUUACAAAACCGGGGAUCUCGUGCAGUAUGACCCGAUCAUGGACGGGUCAUUACUGUAUAGGGGACGGAGAGACACCCAGGUCAAGUUGCGAGGUCAGCGCAUUGAGCUGGGGGAGAUUGAGUACCGGAUCCUGCAGUGCAGUCCAAACAUCAAGGACGUGAUUGUGGAGUUGGUGACAGCGGAAAGCAAAUCGCCCGCUCUGGUCGCAUUCAUUUGGGGCAACGAGUGGGUCAAGCCCUCGUGGGUCAAACCCUCGGCACAAGAUGAGAGUCAACUAUUGGCCUGCCCUAGCGCCGAAUUUCGAGCCCUUGUGGCGGAAAUGCAGGCUACCCUCCAAGAUCAGCUUCCGGCGUACAUGAUUCCAUCUGGAUUUCUCCCAGUACGACGCAUUCCCCGCACCAGUACCGGGAAGGCGGAUCGGAAACGACUUUGCAAGCUAUCUGUAGGUCUUUCUCCUGAGGAUAUGCUGCAGUUCAGGGGAAAAAUGUCGGUCGAAAAUCGCAUGCCGGUCACAGAGGCCGAGAAGAUAUUGCCACUGUUCUUCGACUAG